GGUAUACAUUCAUUCAGUCGGAGAAUCGUGACGUCAUGGAUUUCUCUUGUGCAUCUGCAAUUGGAGAGAGUCCGUUCGUCAUGCCAGUUUUGCUUGAGGGAAUCGGGAGGCUGAGGCUCGGGAGAAUCUAGUGCCCUCUCCUGAGAUCCAGCGACAGUCGGUCGGUGGCACGAAGAUGUGUCUGAAGACUGACAAUUCCGAGGCACCAACAGCGGUGUCUACAGGGUGUGGGUGUGCCCAUACUAAUGCCACCGGGAGGUGUCGAACUGCGAAGAUCCAUGCCAUAGACCGAAGAGUUCUCGGCAUGGCUGCUGGCCUCUCAGAAGCAUGCGGUUGCGGUUGCUGUUGCGCAAACUCAUGGACUCGUGGAUUUCUCCCCUUCUCCGGAGGCAGCACUAAUUUCGUCACAUCAUGCACCGAGCCAGUGGGAGGAGAGUGUCCUUCGGUUGAUGCAACUCCGGACAAGAACAUCUUGCCCCGAAAUUCUAGCCCAUCGUGCACCACUGCCCGCCCGUCGCCCAUGCGACCAGUUGGCCAGCCCUCUCCCUGUCAAGUUGACCUGUUUCCUAUUCGGAACUGCACUAUUCUCAGCUUCGUCGUCUCGAGCUCGAGGGAUCGAGGAGGGAAGGUCGAGGAGGCUGUGGAGAAACGGAUCCCCGGGACUCAAGCAUUCAUUCCGAGCUUCCAUUCCAAUUUCCUAGAGCUCCGGUCGGCCCCAGCUCAUCGAUCGAAUUCUCAAUUCUCGUUUGCCUCGGAUUGCACCUCCACCACCUCGGACUUCGUGCUCCUCCUGGCCUCGGACGACCCUCACCAUCACUGAGUACGAUCGUCCUGAAUUCUC